AUGGAUGGUGAUAUUGAAAAGAUAUAUGAAUUUAGACACGAACUCGGAAGAGGAGCAUUUUCAGUUGUAUAUCUUGGUGUAAAUAGAACAAAUGGACAACACUAUGCCAUUAAAGUAAUCAACAAGAAUGAUUUGGGUAAGGAUUAUGAAAAGAAUUUAAAGAUGGAAGUUGAUAUAUUGAAGCGUGUUCAACAUCCAAAUAUCAUUGCACUCAAGGAGUUGUUUGAUACUCCAGGUAAAUUAUAUCUUGUCAUGGAAUUAGUUACUGGUGGUGAAUUGUUUGACAAGAUCGUUGAAAAGGGUUCAUAUACAGAAGCCGAUGCCGUAUCAUUGGUUAGAAAGAUUGUAUCUGCCGUUGAUUAUCUCCACUCUAGCGGCAUUGUUCACAGAGAUUUAAAGCCAGAGAAUCUUUUACUCAAGACUGCCAACAAUGACCUUGAGGUUGCCAUUGCCGAUUUUGGUUUGUCAAAGAUUGUUGGUCAACAAAUGAUGAUGCAAACUGCUUGUGGUACUCCAUCUUAUGUUGCUCCAGAAGUAUUAAAUGCAACUGGUUAUGACAAGGAAGUUGAUAUGUGGAGUGUUGGUGUAAUUACAUAUAUCCUAUUAUGCGGUUUCCCACCAUUCUAUGGUGACACUAUUCCAGAGAUUUUCGAGUUUAUCAUGGAAGCCAAUUUCGAUUAUCCAGCCGACUAUUGGGAUCACAUUUCAAAGGAAGCCAAGGAUUUCAUCAACCAUCUCUUGGUUGUCGACGUUACCAAGCGUUUAUCUGCUACUGAUGCCCUCAAGCAUCCAUGGUUAAACAACAAUGCUGCCUCUACUACUGCUCUACCAGUCACCAAGAUGAAGGAAUAUGUCCAAGAAAGACAAAAGACCUUACAAAAACUUCUCUAA